ACCCAGAGAAGAAGACAUCUCUCCAGCAUAUUAUCAUUGCUUUCGCGUUCCCCUUACUUAGAUUCCCCUGAUGGCAGCUGGAGUGAAAGAAAAAAAUUGGUCAAAUGUUUCUCCCUCAGAAAUAUCAGCUGCUAGGUGGCCAUUUAGAUUUUGUGAUAUAAAGCAAGUGGAAUCAUGUGAAGAGGUUUUAGAGCAGGGAAUUUGGGAACAAAUUGUGUCUCAUAGUGGAACAAGAGAUUGCACAGAAACAUGGAAUUCAACACAGAUAAAGCAGUGUCGUAACAGAUUUAAAUCCUUUGGACGCAACUGUGCCAGUUCUCUUGGUAGAAAUCUUUUACACUGUUUGCUGAUGAAACAUUUUGAUGGACGUUUUAUUGCUCAGCAAAAAGUACCUUUAAAACCAUUUGAGAUAUAUACUGCCCCAUGCAGAUACGCCAAGUAUAAACCCCUGGUGGAUAUUUGUCUGGAUGAUCCUAGUUAUGAUGCUAGCAUAUAUUUAAAUAUCAUUGAAGUGGGUUCAAAACCUGACCUGGAAGAUAGCAUACAUCAAACAAUGUUUUCUACAUUGAGCGGUGGUAGAUCAACAUCUCAUUGUUGUAUUAUUAAGGUAGCUCCUAGAGGAAUUUUUCAGGUGUAUGUUGGGAAGAUAGAUUGGCCAGUUGAAAUGCAUCAAAUGAUGAUGAUUUGUGGAAGUAAUGUUACAAAGGAACUAGGAUUUAAUCACCAGAGUCAUUCUAAACCUAUAAUAGCAAAGUAUGCUCACCUUGGAGAUAUUUCUCUUUCUGAAGAUGAUUGCCCUGUUGUUUCAUUAUUACUGAAAACUGUCGAGAUUCUCUCUGAAUCAGAAAGAAGCUCCUUUCUUCCUAUCACUGGUGAUAUGAUGGAAGUUAUUGAGACAAGGAAGAGAACAAUCAAACACAUUUCAAGUUGUGUAUUUGAUGAUUUAAAUCUUUGCAAUGCCAAAUUUGACCAGUGUUCCUCUAGAGAAGAUAAACCGAAUGGUUAAAUUUUUGAUUUAUGAAUUUACAGCAAAAUCAUAUAUGUACCAUCAGAAUUAUAAUUUGUAACCAUCAAGUUACACCAUAUUGAAGUUCUUCAAUUUCUUUUCUUUUUGUUCCUUACAAUGUGCAAAUACAGAAUAUUUGUAAUUUAUAA